GUCAAGGGCCCUAAGAAAUCAUUGGAGCCCAAUAUUACAAUGUACCCUUGCUUUUAAAACCCUCACGUGAAGAAGAGAAGAAACCCUAGAAGCCAGAAUUGUGAGCGGCGCGGCGGAACCAAGGCUCCAUCAAUCUCAGCUCUCUGAGUUGCCAAGAUGUCGAUCGGAGAAAUUGCUUGCAGUUACGCUGUUAUGAUCCUCUAUGAUGAUGGCAUCCCCAUCACUUCUGAGAAGAUUGCAACAUUGGUUAAAGCUGCACAUGUGAAAGUUGAAUCUUAUUGGCCAAUCUUGUUUGCUAAGUUGGCUGAGAAGCGUAAUAUUGAGGAUCUCGUGUUGAAUGUUGGAGCUGGUGGUGGUGCUGCUGCUCCAGUUGCUGCCGCUGCACCUGCUGCAGGUGGUGGGGGGCCUGCACCUGCCGCCGCUGCUCCUGCUGCUGAAGAGAAGAAGAAGGAGGAGCCACAAGAGGAGAGUGAUGAUGACAUGGGAUUCAGCUUGUUUGAUUAAGUGCUCCUUCCAGUGUGAUUUAGUCUUACGCUGCUUGUGUUAAGAAUGGUUUUUGUGGGUAUGGUACCGACUUUGUAAUGUAUUAUUUGAAACACUCAUUAUGUAGUUGAUUUUGAGAAUGUUUGCCUUCCACAUAUAAAUAUUAAUCUUAUUCAACAAUUUUUAGUUCA